GGCAACCUUUCAAAUUCGAUAGUCUCGCUUUCGAAUGUUGGCUUUCAACUUUUGUUGUGAAUCACACCCGAAGUGUGAUAAUUCUACACUAAUAAUAAUAUAUUCUAUACUUUAAGCUUUAUUUCAUUUCAUAAUAAAAAAGUUUUAUGGUAAAUUGUAAAACAAAUUAAAUUAAAGACGCUAAAACGUGAUAAGCGAGUAUUAAAGAACGUAGAGUUAAAAACUAAAUAGCAAUUUCAUUACACUGAAUAAACUUAGCGGUAACUUCGAUACGGAAGAUUAAUAUCGAUUACAAAAUCAACAAACUGUGUCAGUUUGAGAAGUUGGAAAUCUGAAAUAACGUCUGUAAGGAACGACUAACUUAAAUAUUUUCAUGAGUUUCAGCCCGAGGGAGCGCGUAUUUGAUCAACUUCAACUUGGGCUUCAGUUUCAGUCGUGCUUCAGCGUUCGUCGCGGAUGGACGCGCUCGAGCUUUGAAAUUCAACUAAGCCGUUACAGUUCGAAAACACUGAACAAUUUCUCGAAUACGAUUCGUAAACUCAAGCUUUAUAGUUGUUAUUGUGCUAGACUCUCCAAGUUCUGAGUUUAAAUUAAUCUCUUCCUGUGCUGCCGACAUUUUUAUUUCAGACAGGAUUUCCAAGUUAAUAGUGCUAAACCACAUCACCAUGAAUGAUGACAGGGUUGACGGAUAAGGAUCCACAUCAUACCAAAUCGCAAACCUCCAACAUCCAAGAUGAGUCCAAAGACUCACGAAUCAAAAGAUAGGAAUACACGGGAAAAUAGUUUACAAAACAUAGGUUGAAGCAACGGAUAACAUUUCAUAUGAUCUAAAUGACUUAUUCAACUAAAAAGAGCGCUGCUAGCUGCAGGCGCCGACUAUGUUCGAAUCGACUAAAGGCGCAUUGCUGGUAGCGCCGUCUCUCUCUAACAGCUCUUGUUGGCCCAACGGCAAAGGCUGGCCCACCACUUUUCCAGCGACCGAAGAUAUACUGAGAGCGUUCUUUAUAUUCGCCUUGUCUAUGGCCAUCGUUUUGAGCAAUCUGAUACUCAUUUGCGUGUUGAAUAACCGGCGGUAUAUCAAGUACAUUGAUAAUCAGCCAAGAUACCUCCUGACCUCGUUGGCGCUAAACGAUCUGUUUACGGGGAUCCUAAUCGCCCCCGUGGCUCUGCUACCCGCACUUUACAAGUGUUGGCCUUACGGGGAAAUAUUUUGUCAGAUUCAGGCACUCUUAAGGGGAGCAGUGAGUCAACAAAGCGCCGUUAUUUUAGUUUGUAUGGCUAUAGACAGAUACUUAUAUUUACUACAUCCAAACACUUAUCAUAAGCAUUCCAGUAAAAAGGGCUGCGUAUUAGUAAUAAGUACAACUUGGAUAUUAUCUGUAUCUCUUUUUGCUACUAUGGUUUUACCACGGUCUGGUUACUAUUUUAAUUCAACGGGUUUGAUGGCUUGCGACGUAUUUCACAGCAGGAUUGCUUUCAGGAUUCUGGCUUGCUGUGCUUAUUAUUUCCCAACAACAAUGGCGCUGAUGUAUUGCUACGGAUCAGGAUUUCACGUCAGCAAAACUAGAAAUAAAUGCACCUCGGACACAAGACCUAAUGGAAUUCCUAUAACGUGUGCGAAAAAUAACAGAAGUGAACAAGAAGUAAUACAAAUUCAGACUCCAGUAAGGCAGCACAGUGUGAGCACUUCUCGCACAAUGGCUGCUAUGUCUCUAGGAUUUAUUGUAAUGGUAACUCCAGCUACUAUUCAAGAAGUCGUUGCAGCGUGCACCGGAUGUAAGGUGCCGCCUACUUUAGAUUUCCUAGUCACGUGGUUAGCUCUGAGUGAUAGCUUUUGGAACCCCUUCCUAUAUUGGUUAUUGAAUAGUCACUUCAGAAGGAUAAGCAAUGAGCUGCUUCAAUAUUAUAUAUGCUGUCGAAGAACAAAAUCAUUUCAAACCUACGAAAAACCUGCUGGUUGUUGCGGUUCUUCAAUUACUUCUGAAGGCUUGCAUUCUAAAGGUGAAUUCGAAGGCCUCGGUGAAAAAUAUUGGGGUGAAAUUUUAGAACGAACAGUAUCUUCAAAUUCACUUCACGCUAUACAAAAAUGUCACAGAGAUCCAAUGCGAUGUACAGGAUCAUUUAAGGGCUAUCAUAGUGGUACUUGUAAACAUAACUCAAGAUUUUUUGAUGGAUACGGUCUAUCAGAUUAUAGACAGUUAGACAGAUCUGCAUUCCAGAUCGAACCCUGUUCAAGACAAUGCAGGAUGAAGACUUCAGACUUUUGCCUGUUCAGACAAAGUUCUGGCCUUGAAUGUGGUCGAUCUCGAUCUAACCUUAGUUUAGAUGAAGGAAACUUCAACAAAAUUUGUAAUGGCAGACAUCCGGAGUUGUGAGAAUUAAGAAAUUGUCCGGUUUUCGGGCAUAGAAGUAAUAGCAUAGGUAUGUACCCCGGAGUAGAACAUUUUAAUUCAAAUAUCAAAUGGAAAUUUGAUGACUCACCUUGUAUGGAAGACGAUGAUAAUAUAUCAAAUUUGGAACAUAACCUCGAUC